AUGAAUUUCGCGUCGAAUAAUGACACCGAUGAGGCCCUCGGAGCCGAUCGAGUGGUCGUUUCGGAUGCACCGGUGUCCGAGAGGAAUGUGCGCCGUGACAACGAGGAGGCAUCGGGGGCUAGUUCGAGCAGCUCAUCGGACAGCGAUGAUGAACCUCCACGAAAGAGACAUAACUCAGUUCCAGAUUUUCUUCAACCGGGGGACUGGAUGGUAAAGCUGGACAUUUCUCAGGCUUACUUUCACAUACCGGCAGCAAAAUCUCACCGACCGUUCUUAAGGAUCAGUUACAGCAAUCAGCUUUACGAAAUGAUGUGUUUGCCUUUCGGCCUGGCUUCAGCGCCGCAUCUAUUUUCUUCCGUAACAUGUUGGGUCGCGGAGACCCUACGUGCGAAGGGAUGUCGGGUUCUAGUCUACCUAGACGACUUCCUUUUGGUCAACCAAGACCAAUCCAAGUUAUGUCUUCAAGCUGCGGAAGCUGUGAGGCACUUGGAAUAUCUCGGCUGGCAAAUCAACUACCAGAAAUCAAUAUUAACACCGACUCGGGAUUUAGAAUACCUAGGUAUUCGAUGGCAAACUGCAAUCAAUACAAUGUCACUGCCAACAAAGAGGCAACACAGCAUCAACAGUACGAUAGACAGGUUGAUCGUAAGAGAUCGAAUCAACCUCAGAGAAUUACAAAGUCUGCUGGGACAGUUAAACUUCGCCAACUUUGUAAUACCUCGGGGCCGAUUGCAUUGUCGAAAAAUUCAAAUAUUCUUACGUCACUACGACAAGAACAGACCCCGACAAGCCCAGCCGAUUCCACAAGCUGUUUAUCGAGAGAUGACGUGGUGGCGCGGAGCCACACGUCACUCAACUCCUAUACACAAGAAGCCAGCAACCCAUUUCUUAGCAACGGACGCUUCAGACACGGGUUGGGGAGCCCAUCUAGACGGUAAACUAAUGUCGGGAGUGUGGUCAUCUCGUCAAAAAAGUUGGCACAGCAACAAAAAGGAGCUCUAUGCAGUGAUAGCAUCGAUCGAGUUGAAUGUGACAACAUUACAAAAAUCACAUGUCCUAAUUCAGUCAGACAAUCGGACCUUAAUUGCAUACAUUCGGAAGGAAGGGGGGACCAGAUCGUUAGCAUUACUAGCACUAACUUACAAACUCUUGAGCUUGACGGACAAGUUCAAGAUAAUCCUAUCAGCGCAUCACAUACCGGGACGGUACAACGUGAUAGCAGACAGACUAUCACAAGGAAAACAACCCGCAGAAUGGCAUCUCCUGCCUCGAGCAACCACCGAAGUUUUUCGGAAGUGGGGUCGCCCAGAGAUAGACCUGUUUGCGACAAAAGAGACUGCUGUGGUUCCCAAUUACGUAUCGAUAGACUGCAGAGAUCGAUCAGCAAAUUAUAUAGAUGCAUUCAGCAGACCAUGGGUCCAUCAACUGGCAUGGGUGUUCCCCCCUCCCGCCCUAAUACCCAGAGUCUUAGCACACCUGAACAAAGCAGUGGGAACAUAUUUGAUAGUCGCUCCGGAUUGGCCUCGAGCUUUCUGGCUCCAAGAUUUGAAAUCGAGAGCUUUAGACGUUCCGCACGAACUUCAGAACCUGACAGAGAACAUGAUAGAUGUAGUGACAUCGCGACCUCCACCGCAAGCAGAGACAUUGACCCUGAAAGUUUGGAAAAUUGGGGGUGGGGUGCCCAAAUAA